CUUACCCUCACCCGGUUACGCGGAGCUCAUGCGUGGUUGUGUUCCCAGUGCCAGUGAUUGAUGCGCUGGAACGACCUACGUGUCUCGUGCCGUUGGUCUGUCCUCCCCGCUGCUGCUGUUGCCGCUGCCACCGUCUCAGCUGCGCGUUGACCGGAAGGUGGGGUUGAUCAUCACCUUGGGGAGGGUGGUGUAGCCGGUGAUGGUGUUGUCGUCCUCGCUUUUCGUUGUCGUCCGUAUCCUCCACCCCCCCCCCCUCCCCCCCCUUCGGUCUACGUUCUAGUCUAGCCUUGCAUCCACACUGGCUGGGAUCUUUGUUUGUCAUCGGCUGGCCGGAACAAUGGAUCUUCAAUCAGACAGGUUUUUCACUCACACGGAUGCUUCUGUGGCCCCGUCAUCCUCGUCUUCUUCCUACCCGCGCCGCCGAUGGUCGCAGCUCAGCCCUCUGCAUAUUCACCCCCAUACCCACACCCACACCCAUACCUCCUCGCCUGUGGUGGUCGAGACUGUCCGACCCUCUCCAUCCACGCAUCAUCCCUAUCGCAAUGAUGACCUGUCUCUGACUGCUGAGUCCUCCCGAGCACAUCGUGCCACUGCACUCCGUCAGUUGAAUGGUUAUGCCAGGCCCUUAUCAGCGAAGGGCCGGCCCGCAACCACUCGGCCAUCCACCACCACCACCACCUUGGGGUCUCAGCCCGUGCUGGUGAGAGCAUAUUCCGGAGGAAGCCCUAAUGAGACUUCCACUGCGGCCACGAUGCCUUCGCGGCGCUCAUUCCUCCUCUUCUCUUCGCGCUCGACCAGCCGCCCUCGUGCGCCAGCACUCCCCUCCGAAGAGGAUUUCAGUAUCGAUGGCAUCUUGCGCGCCAUCGAGCCCGAUAUCCGGCACACGCUCGACGCCAUCGGCGAGAUCUGCGGUCGAAGUAAGCUGAGCCUGGCCAACGAGUACGGGAGCCAUAUCGCUCCCCUGGGCGAGAUUCGCGCUCCGCCCGGCGGCCUGUUGACCGUGGAUGAGGCGAGCUCCGACCACGAGCGACAGGCCGACAACGACGUGGUCAUCUAUGACGAUGAUAACAGCGUUGCCGAGGGGCGGGAUUUCCAUUCCGCGCCGCCCUUUCGGUCCUGGGGCCAAGUCCGCCAGGCGACGACGGCGUCUCACUCGAGAAUGUCCUUACCUGCCGACAGCGCUGCGCUGCAGGCUCAGCCCACGACCCCACGAUACCCGGCAGCCUUACCGUCCGCGCCGGGCGAGACUGGUUUUGACUUGCUGUUGACCACCAGGGAGAUCGCAUCCAAGUCGAGCGCGAGUGGUCGAGGUCUCCUGGGGAAGAAGGUGAAGAACGACGCCCGACGCCGGACCUACGAGAUGAUCACGCCGGCACUGGUGUCGGAGACAUUGCUGGAGGCUCAGGCCGAGAGCAGCUAUCCACGCUCAAGCACCUCUGCUCCCGAGACUUCCCGUCGCAGUCGGCCACUCAGUACGAGCAAUCUAGGAACCGCGCAAGCUGGCGAAGAUUAUCUUUCGGGAACACCCCGGCCGUCCUCGAUGGUCGAUAUGCGGAGUCUCUUCGGUUGGCUCGGGUAUAUCAUGAGCGAUGCCGAGUAUGGACGUAGUCCGGUGACAGCCCAAAUGAGGCUGCGGGCGAUGUUGGAGCGACCAGCCCAUGGCCAUGAUGACUGAAUGAUAUUUUGUGCUUAUUGAUGAUUAACGAUGUACGACUGUAUGGUAUUCCACGAAUUUCAAUCUUCCGUCCAAUUAGCAAGUUCAUAGUUUUGGGUAUUAAGCUCAGAUGCACAUGCGCAUGCACACAAUCAUCAAAUCGCAACCCGAAUCUCCCAGACAGUCUUCUCAGAAACCAUGGUAUCGUUAUCACCGUACAUACACGCAAGGAAAUG